AUGGAGCAUCUCCAUCCCACCCGGCUGGGAGGCUCAUCGAGCAAGGCCAAGCAAGGAGAUCGACCUCGAGACGGCGUCCCUGGCUGGCUGGUAUACGACCUCACGUUCCCCAGCGACUUCGUGAGGCCAGUCUGGGACGCACUCCGUCAGCCGGAGCCCACAGAUGAUCGACACGACGAAGAAGACAACAAGACCCAGCUAGAUCAACAAGUCGGCAGGGACGACAAAUUCUCGUCGGCAUACAGAGGCAGGCGCAUCGAGCAAAAUGAGCCUGAGAACAUCCCCAACUCAGAGAACAUGGAAUACUUUCGCCUGAAGGGCACCGCACACGGACCAACGAGUAUCGGUUUAUAA